ACUUGACUGCGGCUCUCCAUCCCUCCACGUGACCAUGGAGAAGGGCUCUCAGAAAACGCUGACCUCUGUGGACAGGGAUGGGCGAAUGACCAUUGUACUCGGCCUUGUGACCUUUAUCGCUGCCUUUGGGUCAUCGUUCCAGUAUGGGUACAACGUCUCGGUGAUCAACUCUCCAGCUCCGUUCAUGCAAGAUUUUUACAAUGAAACCUACUUCCAACGGGACGGGUCAUACAUGGAUGAGGACUUGAUGACAGCUCUGUGGUCUCUCACGGUGUCGUUUUUCCCCCUUGGGGGCUUCUUCGGGUCCCUUAUGGUGGGCCCCAUGGUGAACAGCUGCGGCAGGAAGGGCACUUUACUGAUAAACAACGUCUUCUCCAUCAUCCCUGCCAUCCUCAUGGGAAUCUCCAAAGUGGCUAAGACCUUUGAGGUGAUCAUAGUUUGUCGCGUCAUCAUUGGGAUAUGCGCAGGGCUGUCUUCCAACGUUGUCCCCAUGUAUCUUGGAGAGAUGUCCCCCAAAAACCUCCGGGGGGCUGUGGGGGUCGUGCCUCAGCUCUUCAUCACCGUGGGGAUCCUGACAGCGCAGAUUUUGGGGAUGCGGAUGGUCUUGGGUAGCGUGGACGGCUGGCCCAUCCUGAUGGGACUUACUGGGGUCCCCGCAGCGUUGCAGCUUAUGACCCUGCCCUUCUUCCCCGAGAGUCCCAGGUACCUGCUGAUCCAGAAGGGUGAUGAAAAGGAAGCCAGAGCAGCUCUGAAGAGGCUGAGAGGAUGUGACGAUGUGGAAGAUGAAAUGGAAGAGAUGAGGAAAGAGGACCAAGCGGAGAAGGCCGAAGGGAAGAUGUCCAUUUUCACCCUGUUCACCUACCGGGGCCUUCGGUGGCAACUCAUCUCUAUCAUUGUCAUGAUGAUGGGCCAGCAGCUCUCUGGGGUUAACGCGGUGUACUAUUAUGCUGACAGAAUCUACGAGAACGCCGGAGUGAAGAAAGAUGACGUGCAGUUUGUCACUGUGGGGACAGGCGCUGUAAACGUGAUCAUGACUCUGCUAGCGGUUUUCAUCGUGGAAAAAUUGGGACGAAGGAUCCUGCUUCUGGCCGGUUUUGGGAUCUGUUGUGUAGCGUGUGCAGUGUUAACUGUGGCUCUGAAUCUCAAGACCAUAUCGUGGAUGCCAUACAUCAGCAUAGCCUGCGUCUUCUCCUACGUUAUUGGCCAUGCCAUUGGAGCAAGCCCGAUCCCAAGUGUGAUGAUUAUAGAGAUGUUCCUACAGUCUUCCCGUCCUGCCGCAUUCAUGGUGGGAGGCUCUGUUCACUGGCUAUCCAAUUUCACGGUCGGACUGGUCUUCAGUUACAUGGAGAAGGGACUGGGGCCCUACUGCUUCCUGGUUUUCUGUGGCAUUUGCUUGGUCACAGUCAUUUACAUCUUCAUCAUUGUCCCCGAGACCAAGAACAAAACUUUCAUGGAAAUCAACCAGAGCAUGGCCAAGAGGAACGGUGUAGAGCUGCCAGUCGACAAAGAGGAACUUAGGGAUUUUACAGCUGUGUCCGUGCCUUACAGUGAGAAGCGGGAAGAGAGGAACAGUGCGCUUUGAGAUGGUCCCAGUGUUUUCCAGGAUAGGCUACGGUUUUGUAUCUAUUCCUUCUGGGACCAGUCUUGAUGCCAUCCUCAUUUGGCUUAUUCCAUGCUGCGGGUUACCCCCACCCUGUGCAUCCUUACUCCAACUUCUCAAUAAGGGCAAAAGCUCAUGCAAGAGGCAUUGGUCUUGCUUCAGGGGUCCGAAAUUUUGUAGUCGCUGGCGAUGAUACACCUGUUAAAGGGCUUGCUUAACCAGAAGAUGCUUCUGAAGAAGUUAUCCCUGUUUCUGAAAUAUUCCUUUCCACGCACAAACAACGAGACAGGAAGAUAACUUGUCAGCAAUGAUUUGCCAGCAGGAUACAUUUAGGAAAUGGUUCUGUGAUCCUGGCAGCCAGCUUCAAAUAUGUCAUCCUUGAAAUCCUGUAAGGUUGGGCCAGAGUGCUUUGUGGAAUAUAUUCUAGGUAGACAAAUCGUACUGUGAUCUGGAUGGUCUAGGCUGGCUUGACUUUGUCUGAUCUCAGAAGCUAAGCAGGGUUGGUCCUGGUUUGUACUUGAAUGGGAGCCCACCAAGAAAGUCCAGGGUUGCUAUGCAGAGGCAAGCAAUGGCAAACUACCUCGGCACAUCUCUUGCCUUGAAAACCCUGCAGGGACGCUGCAAGUCAGCUGCGACUUGACGGCAUUUCCCACCACCAAACAGACCCUACUAUACUUUGUCAGUCUAUUUCCACAGACAGAAGCAUAAACUGGUUCCUCUGAGAAAUCUGUGGAGGAAAUUGGUGGUGCAUCAUUUUGAAGGUUUUACCGAAAGGCUCUCAAUCUCAUUUUAAAACAUGGCAUGCAAUGCCUCUGUGCCCCAGGUGCACAGGGUGCUACAAGCACAUGCACGCAUUGUAUGCCUUUAAAAAUAUCUUGAAAUUUGAUUGAUUGAGGGACAACAAAGAAACUUGGUGCAGAAAAGGCAUUCGACAGGCUAGAUUUGGAAUAACGAGUGUUUAACAACUUGUGUGUCAUGCAGAGUUCCUCCCCCAGCCUAUCACAGUGUACAAGGGGGCACCUUUAAUGCUAGCGGGAAGUCCUUCAUUGCAUUGCAUUUCCCUCUGGGCUAAAGGGGUCUCUUGUUUCUCUCGUUUAAUCCCACACUGAAGGCAGGAAACAUGUGACAAUUUAUUCAUUCCACUGCGGAAAGCACUGCAAAUGGAAACUUGUUCCUCCUGAUGACUGGUCUGGCAUUUAUCACAACUAGCACCUUAAAAAAAGGACCUUCACUGACAUAUCAAAAUUGAGGGGUUCGCUAAUGUGAUAAGUGACAAGAUGGACUGGAAUAAUUCUGAAAUUCUUGAUUUUGUGAAGUGGUAUGGAAGAUGCCAGAUGUUCUGGUGCAUAAGUGUCCUAGCUUUGAUGCCUAUUAAAGGUUUAUGAUGAUGAAGUAUCCUAGCUAUUUGAAGGGGCGGCAGAGUCUGUUACAGCCUGGGACUUAUUCUCAUCUCCCCUGUUUUCACUGGACCAAAUUUACAAGUAAUUUAAAAUUAAAACAAUAUGGAACUCCAGUGUUCUGAGCUGGGUCUAACUUAAGAGACAUAGCCUAUUUAAGAGAGAAGUUGGCAUUCCUCAAAUGUAUUAUUAUACUUCUACUUGCCUUGAAAACUCUUUGUCAGGGUCACCAUAAAUCAGUCAUGAUAGCACUUAACACACAUAUGCAUGGGGGAAAGAGGACAAUUUUUCUUCCACAUGAAAGGGGUGAGAUGUAUAGAUAUAGACAUAGUUAUAUGGUGCAUGUCCUGUUCGAAUCAGGAACCACAUUUUGCUGCUACACAUUGUAAAAAAUCUGAAGGCAUCGUGGUUUCCAUGAAGAAAGCUAGCUUUUCAUGGAGAUUCUUAUCUAGCCUUCUCCCUGACAUGGUAAUCUUCUACAUGUGGAGAAGGCUUUUGUGUUGAGUACUCCACCCAAAGCCUGAAUUGGUAUAGAUCAGACUUGACCGUGUGUUCCUGCAUUGCAAGGGGUUGGACUUGAAGGCCCUUGGGGUCUAUUCCAAC